AUGGCCAAGAAAAGACUAGGGCUUAAUCUGUUUAAAAAGACUCCCAAAACAAAAACCAAUGUGGACACCAAGUCCAAGGGUAAACAACAGUUCAACCAAGGAGAUUACCCCCAGCAGCCAGACAGACCUGGAGGCAAUCCUUACCAAGGAGGCUACCCCCAUCAGCCGGGAAACCCAGCAGGAAGCUAUCCAGCUGCUGGUUACCCUGCACAGGGCUACCCAUAUGGAGGAGGUUAUGGAGGGUAUGGUGGUCAUGGAGGGUAUCCAGGUGGAUACAUGAACUACAACCCAAACAACAAAAUCCCAAGCCCUCACUAUGGAGGCAGCUUUGGAUAUGGGGGCCACGGCGGGAGGGGCGGCUCUCCCUUUUCCCACUCAGUUCAGGGGAUGGGCGUUUAUCCUCAAGAUAGAUCCAGAGGGUUUGGGCGCAGUGCAGUGGUGGCAGCAGCUGGAGGCGCCAUGGCAGGAAUGGCCCUGGGCUACGGGCUGGGGAGGUUCCCUCGUCCUCACUUCAACUUCCACAGCCCCCAGGAGGAGUACUACUACAACCACUACAUGUACAGGAGAUAUGGAGUCAGGUCUACUGAUACCAAUGACUAUGGCAGAGACUACAGGUACAGCCAACCCCCUCAGACCUACGACAGCUUCAUGGACUCGUGCAUGAAGAGAACAGACCUUCUGCCAGUGGAGAAUCGAAAGCCCAAACUCAACCCAGCUGCCGCAACCACCACCACAACUACUUUCACAACCACCACCACAACUACUUCCACAGCCACCACCACAGCUGCUGCACCACAUACUGGCGGCAGCAACACAACAGAGAGAAACAGCAGCACCGCAGAGAACACCUCGACCUCUUCACCUUCAACUCAAAGGCCUCUUGUUGAAUCUGAAGCCAAACCUGUGCCUCCAGUUCCACAGGCUCUCAGAAAAGCAGCUUCUGAUGAAGAUACAGUCAGCAUUUUGGAGAUCGGCUACCCGGCACUGAUCGGACAGAUGAAGGCAAGGAGGUGUGUGGAGCUCUACAUGGUUUACUCUGAGAAGUACUUGAAGAAAACGACAGAGCCCGGCGUCGAUGAUGGGGUGCAGGGACUGGAGAAGUGCUUGCAAGGGUUUUUAGCUCUUGUCACCAGUACCAUAGUGAUGCUACUGAACAGCAAUGUGCUAACAAUGCUGCACUUUUGA